AUGAUGUCCUUCACAGAGACAUCACAAUUGCUACAGAAAGAGCUCAUGAACGAUUACAGCUACCGGGUCGAUGGGAUUCCUCCAAUGAAUGACUCGCAGUAUGACUUCAACCACGUGCAGUCGCACCCGCCCCCCAGCGCCUACAUGCAGCGCACCGCCGCCGCCGGGGGUCGCGCCUCGGCCAUGCCGCAGAGUCGCGGCGGCUUCGGGCGCAACACGGAGACGGCACGGCCCAUGACGUCCAACCGGGCGGCCGGUUACACGGCGGCGGGGAAACAGGGAGGCAACAAGGUCUUUGAUCCCUUAAAUCAAGGAGACAAGGGCACAGCCAAGCCCUUGGAAAAGAAAACAGAACUUUCCCCUGAAGAAAAACUUCGGGAGAUGGAGAAAGAGAUUCACCGCCUGGUCGAAGAGAGCGCAAUCACGCGCGAGCGUGGGAAUCUGCGGGAAGCUCUUGAAAAGGGCAAGGAAGCGGGCAAGAAGGAGAGACAACUGUGCAGACUGCGGGAACAGCAGAAUCUGCUAGAUCAGUUGAACGUUGACCUCACCUACGCCGUGUGCCUCAACCUUGCCAUUCAGCACCAGGCGAAUGACAAUGACAAUGAGGCCUUGACGAUUUACACACAGAUCGUCAAGAACAAGCAGUACCCCUUUAGUGGACGCUUUCGGGUGAACAUGGGCAACAUUUACUUCAAGCAGGAGAAGUGGACUGCUGCAAUCAAAAUGUAUAGAAUGGCUUUGGACCAAAUCCCGAACAAUGUGCAGGCAAUCCGCUUCAAGAUCAUGAGAAAUAUUGGCCAUGCAUUCUUCAAGAUGCAUCAAUUUCCUGAUGCAAUAGAUUCAUAUGAGAAUUUGCUGAUGCAUGGGGCCCAACACUUGGAUUUUAUGACCGGCUUCAAUCUCAUUCUUUGCUACUUUGCGCUUGGAGAUAAAGACAAGAUGAAAAGCGGCUUCUUAAAGCUGCUGAACAUCGAGCAGGUGGGCUUGGAGGAUUUCGACGAAGAAGAAGAAAUCGAGCUGGGCCAAACUGAAGAGCAGAAGCAGGAAAGUGCCAACCGCACCCUGACGGAGGGCGAUGACGCCUUGCGGGAGGACAUCAAGCGAAGACAGCGUGAAGCAGCCAGGUUCAUCGUGAACGCUGCGAAUCUCAUCGCACCGGUGAUCGAAAAGACCGAGGUCCUGGGCUAUGACUGGGUGAUCGAUUCCUUGAACCAUCAUGGCUUUCCGCGCAUUGGAUCUGAGCUCGAGAUUGCAAAGUCUUGUUUCUUUCUCCGACGCAAGGAGUUUGAUCAGGCCAUCCAGGUGCUCAAGAAGUUUGAGCGAAAAGAGCCCUCACUGAUGGCCUGUGCCGCAACGAAUUUGUCCUUCCUUUAUUUCCUGGAAGCUGAGCAUGUGAACGCCGAGAAGUAUGCAGACAUCGCGGUGAAAGCUGACCGCUACAACGCCAGGGCAUUGGUGAACAAAGGAAACUGCAUGUUCAUGAACGACGAGUUCGAGCGGGCCAAGGAAGUAUAUUUGGAGGCGAUUGGCGUCAGCGCAGAUUGCCUGGAAGCCAUUUACAACCUUGGACUGGUGAACAUGCACAUUGGCAAGUACCAAGAGGCGCUGCUUGCUUUUGACAAGCUCCAUUCCAUCACUCAUGUGAAUUGCGAGGUGAUGUGGCAGCUUGGUGACAUCCACGAGAAACUGGGCAACCAUGCCAAGGCUCAUGAAUGGUUUUCACUGCUGGUCACUUCACCAAAGGGACGCCCCACGGACCCAGGUGUGCUGGCGAGACUGGCCAACCUUUUCAACAAGGCUGGCGAUGAGACGCAAGCCUUCCACUACCAUCUGGAAUCCUACAGGUAUUGGCCAGUGGAUAUGAAUGUCAUCACCUGGCUUGGUAUUUACUAUGUGAAGCAGGAGAUGUAUGAGGCAGCUAUCCCGUUCUUCUCACGAGCCUCACAGAUCGAGCCUAAUGAGGUGAAGUGGAGGUUGAUGGUGGCCUCCUGCUAUCGCCGCAUGGGCGCCUACCCAGCGGCCUUGAAGUUAUAUGAAGAUAUCCACAAAUCGCAUCCCAAUGACAUUGAGUGCGUGAGAUAUUUGAUCACCAUUUGCAAGGAGAUGAAGCAGAAGUACGACCACUACGCAGCGCAUCUGCGGAAGUUGGAACGACUUCAGGAGGCCCAGAACGGUCAGGGCGGACGUCCCAUGGGCACGGUCUCGGCCAUUGACGAUUCGCCCCACGACGAAGGGCCGGGGCGCAUGGGCUUCGGGGGCUCCCGGGGACACUUCGAGGAGGAUGAGGUGCCACCGGCACCAGCGGAUCCGCCCAGACCACCCAUGGAGUUGUUUGAAGCAGAGGCUGAUCUGCCCCAGAAGGCGGCGCCCAAGAGACGUUUGGCGGCUCCCAAGGCCACAGACGACGAUGAUGAUUGGGGCAACGACGACCUCACCGAUGUGCUGCCUCCAAUGUGA